AUUCAGCUGAUAUUCAGCCCGAUCCAAAUGUCCCAGAGUCGACGGCUCUACAGGAUCUCACUGAUCUUCAGCUGGAUCCAAACGUCCCUGAAUCGACGGCUCUACAGGAUCUCACUGAUCUUCAGCCAGAUCCAAACAUCCCUGAGUCGAUGGCUCUACAGGAUCUCACUGAUCUUCAGCCGAAUUCAAACGUCCCUGAGUCGACGGCUCUACAGGAUCUCACUGAUCUUCAGUCGGAUCCAAACGUCCCUGAAUCGACGGCUCUACAGGAUCUCACUGAUCUUCAGUCGGAUCCAAAUGUCCCUGAAUCGACGGCUCUACAGGAUCUCACUGAUCUUCAGUCGGAUCCAAACGUCCCUGAGUCGACGGCUCUACAGGAUCUCACUGAUCUUCAGCUGGAUCCAAACGUCCCUGAAUCGACGGCUCUACAGGAACCAGCUGAUCCUCCAGAAGAUCCUCAGUCUGGUUCAUCUGACCCUGAUCAAGAUCCAGAUGCUUCAGAGAUGACAGCUGUCGUAGGAGCAUCUGGUCUUGUGCCAGUGGGUCUGCAGGAUCCAGCUGAUCCUCUUCCAGGCCCAUCUGCUCUUGAUCCAGUAACCCCAAAAUUUCCAGGUGCAUCCAAGCAUAGACGAAUCGCAGAUCAAACCCAUUUCAGAGCAGCCUGUUUUACCGAUCCAACUCCUGUUCCCUUUGAUGAGAUUUAUGAAGUGGGAGAAGAGAUUGGAGAAGGAGGCUUCGGCACUGUGCAUGAGGGGAUUUCGAAAUUUCUACGUGAGCAGGUUGCCAUCAAAUUCAUCCCCAAGUGUGAAACAGACCGGUAUAUUGAAAUACCUGGCUGUUCAAAGCCGCUGUUUGCAGAAGUGGCUCUAAACUUGCUGCUGAAACGGCCUCCGUUAAGCCCCUACAUUGUGCACAUGCUGGAAUGGUUUGAAGAGGACGAUCAGUUCAUCCUGAUCCUGGAAUAUCCACAACCCUGCAAGGACUUGCUCAAAUUCAUGGUUAACAAUAUGCAGCGAGUGAACGAAUCACAGACUCGUAGGCUGAUGUACCAAGCGGUGCUCGGGGCCAAGCACUGUCUUGACCGAGGCGUCUUCCACCGUGACAUUAAGUUGAAUAACUUUCUGAUCAACACAAAGACUAACCAAGUCAAACUGAUAGACUUUGGCUGCGGUGACCUCGUGAAAACAUCAGGGUACUUGGGUGAUUUUACAGGAGUCUGCCCACCUGAAUACUACAAGGACUUAAAAUACGAAGCAGGGCCAACAACCGUCUGGUCUCUGGGCAUAAUGAUGUACACAAUGGUGUGCAGAUGUCAGCCCUUUAAAAGUCUAGAAGACAUGAUGCAUGGCAGUUUGAGUUUUAACAUCAGCAUUUCCACAGAAUUGCAGGAUUUGAUAAGCCGCUGCCUGGCUUAUCACCCAACCGAGAGAGCAACUAUUGAGGAGAUCCUACAGCAUGAAUGGUUUCAUCAGGGACAGAUGUUAGGAGUAGCACAGGAUCAGAUAGUAACAGAUGCCCCAAAUUGGCCCCGGUGAGGAAAAACUGCACAAACCAUUCAGUAAAGUCUACAGAGCAGCAAGCUUGGUGGGCAAUAUUGGAAACUAAAAGCCCUGAUAUACUUCAAACGAAGUUCGUUUUCGUUCUUCAUUUCGGAGCAAAAAGAAGUUCGAAAAGGCUAUAGGGGAUACAACGAUGAAGUGUAGGUAAUCUUGGUGUGAGACAGGCACCAAUGGUCAGAAUAUUAUAGCCAAAAGAAUAAUGAUUAGCAGCAGUUCAUAGUCAAGUAUCAUGUUUGCAAUAAAAAAUAACCAUAAUCACUCCUUUAUGGGAAGUGUGAAUGUCUCAUACUCUGUAAACUUUAGCAUGAUGUGGGAAAAACAUAUUGGAGUCAGUUUAUUACUUUAUUUUAUUAGUGUU